AUGUUUGUUACUCGUGAGCCUUCUACCGAGUAUUGGUUUCAGCUGGGUGAGCGCCUUGAGCUGACGGGGCAAGACCUCGUCGCGUGGGUUCGCGAGGAACUGCUGCGGGAGGCCUACUUCGAGGAGUUGGAGAGGAAAGACCGCGAGGCUGAGCUCUCCCACGAGCGCGAGAUGCAAGAGGCUCAGCGCGCCCACGAGAGGGCCAUGAAGGAGUCUGGAAGGCUCCAACGCCUCGCCCUCGCACGUCUCGCCUGCCCCUGGUUCGACACCAGCGACCUGGACACGCAGGUAGCCGAGCCCCAGCCCUCCCCUGAGGCUGUCAGCACUGUGCCGUGCGACCCUGCUCGGCAGGCAGUAGCUGGGGAGGACCACGACCGAGGAGAGUGCCUGAAGGAGGAGGCUUUGCCUCUCUCCCCGGCGCUCCUGACGGUGCAAGAGUGCACGGCGGUCUCACUGGACGACGCAGACGCGCAGCCGUCUUGCGUCCCGAGUACUGCUGCCGGCACUGGAGCAGGGGAAAAGAGGGAGGUUGAGCCCUCGGCGCUGCUGACGGUGCCGCAGGAGGAGGCGCUGGAGCUGAAGGUUAGUGACGCGGGGCAGCUGGCCACCGCCUCUCCCUCGCCCACCUCGGUUCCCACUGCCUGGCGCAAGAAGCCUCCUGACGUCAAGGCUUCGCUGGGUUCCGCCUCAGCACCUGACGCGGGGCAGCUGGCCACCACCUCUCCCUCACCCGCCUCGGCACCCUCGCGCAAGAAGCCUCCUGACAUCGAUGUCAAGGCUUCGCUGGGUUGCGCCGCAGCCCCUCCCGGAAGACAAGGUCACCUCACCGUCAAACUGUCUCGCCUUCGCCUUGGACUAGGUAAGCGUGACUGUUCAGUGUUGUGUGAGGGUUCCGGGCGACGCCGCCGCAGAAGGAGGCGUGUCACCCGAGGGUUUAGAGGUCGCGCCCUUGGAAAGCCCACCCUCCGAGUUCCUUCUGGCGUGCAGCCAGACCUGCAAGUGUAG